AGCCCGCUGCACGCUUCACUUCUCGCUGGGCGCCAGUGCCGACUGCCGAUGGAGGAGAGCAAGUCGACGAGGUGAGCGGCGCGUACGGAGCGCUUUGUUUACGUCCUACCGGACACGCUGCGUAGCUGUUUAACGCCAUCUGAUUUGUCCUGUAGAUUUGGUGGCCAGUGAGUCGGGCUUCAGAGAAAGAGGAGCGCACGGGGUAUAUCGGUCUCCACAAGAGCGUAUCUAGUCGGUGACCGCCGUUGGUGUUGAUAACGUCUCGCCCCUCCACCCUCGACGCCAUGGGCCCCUCCGAGUGGGACCUCCCAGACGUGCCUCUCGUCCGGGACGGUAUCGUAAUACUGCCGCCGGUCAGCCUCCCUGAAGACAAGGCAAAGGUGGUGCAGGAACUCGGCCAAUGGAUGCGUGCUGAGAACCUGCCAGAAACAAGCGAUGCUGACCUGGUAAAGUUUGUUCACUGCGUUGAUUAUGACUUGAAGAGAGCACAGAAGUGCGUUACGGACUUCUACAAAGCCCGAAACGAUUGUGAAGACUUAUUUAAGGGCUGGGACACAAAUACUCCAGAAGUGCAAAGGAUUUAUCAAUAUUUGAACAUUGCUGUACUUCCACGCCUGACGCCAGAUAACUGCCGUGUCCUUAUGUACUCCAUGAAUGCCAAUGCGCUGUCCUAUUGCAGCGUUUCAGAUCUCUUUAAGGCGAUUUUCAUGGGCUUGGAGACAAUAUUUCUUACGGAACCAACAAUUACUGGCGUGAUUUUCAUCCAAGACUUGGGAAACAUUAGCAUGUACCAGUUAAUCAAAGCAAUGUUUUCCAUGCCUCCGAAAAUAUUUCCAUAUUUGGAGGAUGGAAUCCCACUGAAGCGCGAUGUUGCGCAUAUGAUAAAUUGUCCAAGACUCAUCGAUUAUGCAAUGAGAGCCAUGAGAAGCAUAGGCAGACCAGAGGACUAUGAAAAGGUGCGUCUUCAUCGAGGAGUCAACAACUUCGCCGAACUGUACGAGCAAAUCCCACGGGAAUACCUACCAAGCGACUUGGGGGGAUCACUGCCGUCUCUAUCGGACUUGCACGACAUGACAAUAAACCGGUUAGCGAACUUCAAAGAUGUCUUUCGGGCGCGGCAGCUAUUGUAACAGUUAUUUCACAAUGUGUACGAAAUAAAAAGUAUACUGUAAAAAAUGUUGGGAAUUCUACUAUACGCACACUGUAAAAAUAUUUGUGAGAAAAAUCCCACAAAUAUAUAUGAAGUUAUUUACAAAUACAUGUGUAUGGGAUUUUUCCUACACUGCUUAAUAGGAAAAAUCCUAUAUGCGUGCUGCAGAUUUCCUUGACAGCUAGUAUUUUGUUA